AUGACCAUGCGCUCCCCAGAGCCCCAGCGCAAGCUGCCUGGGGCGGGGCCUCCAGCCGUUGGUGGCUGUGGGGGCUACCAGAGGAGCAGUUAUCUGCAGCCCGCCAGAAACGCUGUGCUUUUAGGCACCCCCCCCCCACGCCCCCCGGGCACAGAUAACGGCUUUGGCCUUUGCGCUAAAGAGACGUCGGAGUUUGUGAUUGGCCAGGCCGCUGUGUGUGAAAUACAGAUGUCUGCCACACUCCUGACUAUGGCAUUCCUUCCAGCCGAGUACCCCCGGGUGUGGACCCUGACUGCACCUGCCCCAUUUGCAGAUGAAACCAGCUGCCAGUGCCAAGCACCCCAUGAGAAACUGACCAUUGCUCAGGCCCGCUUAGGAACACCAGUUGACAGACCUGUCAGAGUAUACGCAGAUGGAAUAUUUGACCUCUUCCACUCAGGUCAUGCAAGGGCACUUAUGCAAGCAAAAACACUGUUUCCCAACAGCUACUUGUUGGUAGGAGUUUGCAGUGAUGACCUCACUCACAAAUUCAAAGGUUUCACCGUGAUGAACGAAGCAGAGAGAUACGAAGCGCUGAGACACUGUCGCUAUGUGGAUGAAGUCAUCAGAGAUGCUCCGUGGACACUCACGCCAGAGUUUCUGGAAAAACACAAGAUUGACUUUGUGGCCCACGAUGACAUUCCGUACUCCUCUGCUGGCUCUGAUGAUGUUUACAAGCAUAUAAAGGAAGCAGGAAUGUUUGUUCCAACGCAGAGAACGGAAGGCAUCUCAACAUCAGACAUCAUCACCAGGAUUGUCCGCGACUAUGAUGUUUAUGCCCGACGCAAUCUCCAGAGAGGGUACACAGCCAAGGAACUGAAUGUCAGCUUUAUAAAUGAAAAGAAGUACCGCUUCCAAAACCAGGUAGACAAGAUGAAGGAAAAGGUCAAAAACGUGGAGGAAAAAUCAAAGGAAUUUGUUAACAGAGUGGAAGAAAAGAGUCAUGAUCUAAUUCAAAAGUGGGAAGAGAAAUCGAGGGAAUUCAUUGGCAACUUCCUAGAACUGUUUGGGCCUGAUGGAGCAUGGAAGCAGAUGUUCCAGGAGAGGAGUAGCCGGAUGCUGCAGGCCUUGUCCCCGAAGCAGAGCCCUGUGAGCAGCCCCACCAGGAGCCGGUCCCCUUCACGCUCCCCAUCGCCCACCUUCUCGUGGCUCCCGAACAAAACCUCACCCCCCUCCUCACCCAAAGCCGCCUCAGCCUCCAUCAGCAGCAUGAGUGAGGGGGAUGAAGAUGAGAAGUAAAGGCUGCUGGGAGAAAACCAGAGCCACGCCACACAGGCUGGGGGGAGGGCGGGGGCACGGGGGAUGCCUGAGUGGUGUGGGAGCUGCAGCUCAGCCAGGAGACCCUGAGCUCUGCUAAGGGAAGGCCUUGAGACCAGCUCUCCGUCAGUCUCCACUCAGCCUAAGACUUGGACUCUGCAUGGAGGUUUCCCGCCAGACAACCUAUACCAACCUUCUUAGCAUCAUCUAGAGAACCAGUCUACUUUAACCUUGCUAAGGAAAGAUGCAGAGCACCCCUGGGAGACUUGCACUGAGUGGGGUGCCUUCCGAUUUGGUCCUUACACUGGCCCCCACCAAGUACACCACCUGUGGAAGCGGCUGUUCCCUCAAUCUAGUAAUUCCAGCUUCUAAGGGCCCUGCACGCUGCCUCCUACCACCCAAGCUCUGCCAGAAUAAAGCUGUUUCCA